ACCAGAUUACAUUGAAAACGAACCAAUUGAAUGAUCUUACAGAGAAGUUAUAUGAAAAACGACGGAAAGUACAUAAGUUUAAAAAACAACUAGAAGCGCUACACUCCGAAAAAAUUACAUUGCAGCGAAGCUUAGAAAAUACUACACAGGAGCGUGAUAAUUUUCGUAUACUUCAAGCUGAAUCUGGUCAUCAAACUCAACAGCUAACGACUGAGAUUAGUGCAAACGAAGUAAAGAUAAAUUCAUUGAAUUUAAAAAUUGAGCAUCUUAAUAACAACAUUAAAGAGUUGCAAUCUGAGUUGAAGAACAAACAAAACUUGGUUGCUAGCUUGCGGAAAGAUUUGAGAGAAAUAAAGGAGAAAAAUGAAAUGUUGGCAAAAGCUAUCUCAAAUGAUGAGUUCCGUUUUAUGAAAAUGGGUCAUGAGCUAGAGGAAAUGCGGAAAGAAAGAAAUUUAGUUGGACUUCAAAUGGUUCGCCGUAACGACGAAAUUGUUGUUAUCAAAGAAAAAUUGCAGAUUGCACAAAAUGCUCUUGAUAAUGGCACCACGCAAUACAAUCAACGGGUUGAGGACAUAAGGCUCUUAAAAAAAGAAAUUUCAAAUCUUUAUACAGAACGUGAAUGCCUCAAACAUGCUAUUAAAAGUACGGCUGACAUGAGGAAAGAAAUAGUGCGUUUACAGAGAGCUCUAAAUCAGGAACGUAUUCGAAUAAGGGCUCUCACAGAAGAUGCAAAAACACCAACUGGAGUACAUCGUUGGCGCAUUUUAAAAGGGGAGGAUCCCAAAAAGUUUGAGUUGCUAGAAAAACUACAGGUCCUGCAAAAGUAA